ACUACUUCUGUCGGAACCGAAGAAAGACAAUUCUCUUUCUCUCUCUUAAUUCUUUCUCUCUCUACAAAGUCGUGUAUUAUUACCCUCGUGUCUGGAAAAAAAAAAAGGGAAGGAGAAAAAAAUGGCGGAUCAGCUCACCGACGAUCAGAUCUCCGAGUUCAAGGAGGCCUUCAGCUUGUUUGACAAGGAUGGAGACGGUUGUAUUACUACCAAGGAGCUUGGGACUGUCAUGAGAUCAUUGGGGCAGAAUCCAACUGAGGCUGAGCUCCAGGACAUGAUAAAUGAAGUGGAUGCUGAUGGUAAUGGAACAAUCGACUUUCCUGAGUUUCUAAAUCUCAUGGCCAGGAAGAUGAAGGAUACUGACUCUGAAGAGGAGCUGAAAGAGGCAUUCAGAGUUUUUGACAAGGAUCAGAAUGGAUUCAUUUCUGCUGCUGAGUUGCGCCACGUGAUGACAAACCUGGGGGAGAAGCUUACUGAUGAGGAAGUGGAUGAGAUGAUACGGGAGGCUGAUGUUGAUGGCGAUGGGCAGAUCAACUACGAGGAGUUUGUUAAGGUGAUGAUGGCCAAGUGAUGACCCCAUCCUGACCAAAAUGAAAAUGAGGAUGAACAAGGUUAACUAGUAUAAAGGAUUUCCUAGUUUAUUCAUCUGAUGGUCUUGUAAUCAAACCUUCCAAAGGGAUGUAAUACUGUGUUAUGUUGGUUGUGGUGGAAUUUUCUUACCCUGUUGUGACAUGUCUUUUCACUUGUGUAUUGGUGGUUUUAAUUUUUUUCUAGUUUCUUGUGAGCCUGAUCUACCUGGGAGAUUAUAAUGUUUCUCUGUUAGUGUUGAUGGAUGACACAUUUUAUUACUCUA